AUGGCUUCUGGGAGCAUGAGCAUGCUGGAUCCAAGUUCGGCCGAGCACCCAAAGGGCCGUUCGAGCUUAGACUACAUCAACGCAGCCAUCAUGGAGCGUCCAGCAAGUCCGACGCCGCAGAACAGAGCCCCGAGGAAGCUGAUUCUUUGUUUCGACGGCACGGGCAACAAAUUCCACGGCGAUGACAGCGACAGCAACAUUCUCAAGAUCUUCCGGAUGCUUGAUCGCACUGCAGAUGAUCAGUAUCAUUACUACCAGCCUGGUAUUGGCACGUACAUUGUGUCCUCUUCACUUUCACACACUAGUCUGAAAGGGCGGAUUCGGUCAUGGUAUCAGAAAGCCAAAGACUCGGCGGUUGGUUCGUCCUUUGACCAACAUGUCGUCGGGGGCUAUCGUUUCCUCAUGCGCUUUUACAAUCCUGGGGAUGACAUUUACAUGUUUGGCUUCAGUCGCGGCUCAUACAUUGCCCGCUUUUUGGCUGAGAUGCUCGACUACAUCGGUCUCCUGUCUCACGGUAACGAAGAAAUGGUGUCGUUCGCCUGGAAGGCAUUCGCCAACUGGCAGAGUCGCCGGGGUGGCGACAAAGAUGAGAAGCUUGCCGAAGAAGAAGAGAAGAAGAAGCAUGAGAUGUACCACUUCAUGAAAGGCUUCCGUGAGACUUUUUCGCGACCAGUGGGCAGGAUCCGAUUCCUAGGUCUGUUCGAUACAGUCAACUCUGUGCCUCGGUUUGAGACAGCAUGGAUGCAGCGAAGCAAGUUUCCGUACACGGCGCGUAGUAGUGCCAGAGUCAUCCGGCAUGCAGUUAGUAUCGAUGAGCGACGUGCCAAGUUUCGACAGGACCUGAUGUAUCAGCAACACAACAACAAGCGCCGCCGCAAUACGCACGGCCACUGGAAGAAGGACUUGGGCCACAUGCUGGGCCAUAACCAAGACGAUGAAUACAGUGGAGAAGUAGACGGCGGAGAAAUAAUGCAUAACCAAGGCCGAGGCAGACGGCCCAGCCAACAGUCGACAGCAGCGGACGGGCGGCCGUCGUCGGCAAAUCCACAAACCAACAAGUAUAUGCCAUAUAGAGCCAGGUCAAGAUCUGCUGCUCGCCCAGACCGCCGCCUGUCGGUGACUGGCUGCAAUGCCUCGGAUCAGCUUUCUGUCGAGGAGUUUGAGGAUAGCGGCGAACAAGACAUUGACGAAGUAUGGUUUGCCGGUGGCCAUGGCGACGUUGGGGGCGGAUGGCAGACCGAUUUCGUCGGCAGCAAGAAUGCAAGCCAUGUGCCUUUGAUAUGGAUGGUCCGUGAAGCCAUCCGUGCCGGCUUGAAGUUCGAUCUGGAAAAGGUCCAGGAGCUGGAUUGCUUUGACCUGUACAACGAGUUUGGCAGCGCCGGCGUCAAGAACGGCCGGAGAGGGCCAGAGAGAGGGCCCGACAUUCUUGUGAAUCGGGAUGGCGAAGAGGAAGCAGAGCCAUUGGCACCUUCAAGCCCAGACACCAUGGCCGACGAGGACGACCACGAUUUCAAGAAGACGUUUGUCGAGAUGAUGCACAAGGCACAUCUCGCGAAAAUCCACGACUCGCUCGUCUAUGGCGGCGGCCUUUCCACAAUGGCCGUCACCGCCUGGAACAUGAUGGAGUGGAUGCCAUUCCGCCGAAUGGAUCUCCAGGCCGACGGGACUUGGAAGCCCAUCAACUGGCCACUGCCACGCGGAGAAGUGCGAGACAUUCCCAACAACGUCCGCGUCCACGGCAGCGUCAUCCGCCGCAUGCAGAUGGAUGAGAGCUAUCGUCCAGGCAACUUGAUCGUGGGCGGAGGAGGCCGAGGAAUGCGUCAUGCACCCGAAGAGUAUGGCAUUGGUGAAUGGGUUUGUGUGCAGGAAGAGGGCGACCCCAUUGGAGAGAUUUGGGUGCGAAAAGGCGACCCUGUGAAGCUGGAGAUUAACAAGAAGAAGAAGAAGAAGAACAAGUCAAAGAAGGAGAAGGAAAGGGAAAAGAAGGAAAGGCAGAAUUAA